UAACCGAACUGCCGCAGUGAACAUUAACGGCACUGGUACACCAUUAAAAAUGCUGACGAAACUUUUAUUCUUGGGCUUGGUGGCCUACGCGUCCGCGGCUGUGAAGCUGCAAGAGGUGUUUUCAUGGAAUGCAAUGGAUUGGAACUACCCGAAUGAAUAUCUGAAACAAGAAGCUAUUUUAUCGGGUGCUUUGAUACGAGAAAACGCCCUUCCAGUUGGUAUUGAACGAUGGAAGAAUAAGCUAUUCGUCAGUGUACCGCGUUGGCGACCUGGUAUUCCCGCCACUUUGAACUACAUACCACUCGACGCGCCCCAUGAAUCUUCCCCUAAACUAACACCUUACCCCAGUUUCGAAGAGAACGAAGUAGGCAACUGUGACACCGGACUCAACACAGUGUACCGAAUUAAGGCCGAUAAAUGCGACAGACUCUGGGUAUUAGACGUUGGAACUUAUGGAUAUGAUCCUAAUGUGACCAACGUAUGUCCUUACACACUGAAUGUGUACGAUCUCAAUACGAAUACCCGCAUUCGGAAAUAUGUUUUCCGUCCAGAAGAUAUCGUUGCCUCUACUUUUAUCGCUAACAUCGCCUUAGACGAAGGACCAACCUGUGAUGACACCUUCGCAUAUUUCUCUGAUGAGUUAGGAUACGGACUCAUUGUUUAUUCCUGGGAACAAAACAAAUCUUGGAGAUUCAGCCAUAGCUACUUCAUGCCUGACCCAUUGGUUGGUGAUUUCAACAUCGCAGGUCUUAACUUCCAAUGGGGCGCGGAGGGUAUCUUCGGUAUAACUACAUCUCCUCCUGGGGCAGACGGUUUUAGAACCCUUUACUUCAGCCCGCUGUCAAGUCAUACAGAAUUUGCUGUCUCUACCCGUAUUCUUAGAGAUGAAUCUAUGGUAAAAGCAGCAAAAUUCAAUGAUUUCAAAGUGGUAGGAAACAGGGGACCAAAUGGACAUACCACUUCCAAGGUAAUGAGCGAUACGGGAGUACAAUUAUACAAUUUGAUCGAUCAAAACGCUAUCGGUUGCUGGAGCUCGUCCUUACCUUUGAAACCAGAAAAUACUGCGAUAGCAGAUAAAGAUGAUGUAGGCCUCGUCUUCCCCUGUGAUGUUAAAAUAGACGACGACAAAAACGUUUGGGUACUUUCCGACCGCAUGCCGGUGUUUUUGGAAGCUGAAUUAGACUACAGUGAUAUUAAUUUCAGAAUCUUUACUUCCCCUCUUUCCAAUAUGAUUGAAGGUACUGUAUGUGAACCACCUUCAUUUGCUAUUUCCACACCUUUACCCUCACAAUCACUGGCUCCAUCUAUUCCGGAAACUUCGUUAUACGGCCUCUCAGUGAAUUAUCCUUCGCGAUCAUACUUCCCUUCGGUUUCUUUAAAUGGUCAACGUCUAAGAUCAUAUAGCCGAACCAUACCCGAUCAAUCAUACGACGACAGACGUUUUAUCGAUUUACAUCGUGGGUCGUAUCCGCUGACUGUGUCCACCAGAUCAAGCACAAACGAUCCAUUCACCUUUGACAAAUCGCCAUGGUGGAUCAGAUCUACUGUUCAAGGACGUGUUAACGGUCGACAAUAUUGAAAUAAAUAACUUUAUAUAGCAUAAUUGUAUGGUAGUAUAUUGAAAAAUAUAAUUUUACACAUACAUGUUAUUUUUUACAUUUAGUACAUACGCAAUGAGAUCAAAUAGUACUAAAAGUACUUUAAUAGGAAAUGUAUACUAUUAUGUUGUAGUGUUGAAUUUUUUUAAUUGCUUUUUUUUAUUCUAUUAAAUUUGGUCUAUAUUUUUCUUGUAUGUAUGAGGAUGUGUAAACCGUCAUUUGUGUAUUAGUGCGAUUGUGUGUGAUUGCAUGUCAACGUGUAUGAUUUGGAAAAACCUUAAAUCUGUGAAUCUGUUUAUAAGCAAAUGUGAUUGUGUGAGUGGUUUCUUACGCACGUAGAAAUGUAGUUGAGUAUGUUGUUUAAAAGCUAGAAUAUAAAUUGUAUAAAAAGUGUUAAUGGUUGUUAUUUCAAUUUUUUUUAAAUAUAUGAACAAUUAGAAUUUUGCAACGGCAAACCGUAAAGCCUCAGCAAAUUGCAUAUCGAACGAAUUCAUUCACAACGUGCUGUGUUAUUUUUCGUAAAGGUGACACUGUUUUCAGUGUCAGCUGCCAGUUCGCGAUUCGUUAUUAAAUGCAAAGAAAAAAAACAUCUAAAAAAUGUGAAUACUAAUAAAUCCUUUACAAU